GGGGCGGGGCCGCGCCCCUGGCGGCCGUUAAAAAUGGCGACUGUCACCGAGCUGAAGGCUGUUUUAAAGGACACCUUGGAAAAAAGAGGAGUCUUAGGGCAUUUAAAAGCGAGAAUUCGAGCCGAAGUUUUCAAAGCCCUAGAUGAUGAAAGUGAACCCCGACCAACAUUGUCUCAUGAAAACCUUCUUAUUAAUGAAUUAAUUCGGGAGUAUUUGGAAUUCAACAAAUAUAAGUAUACAUCGUCUGUCCUCAUUGCAGAAUCUGGUCAACCUGUAGUUCCACUGGACCGGCAAUUUCUCAUCCGAGAACUAAAUGCAUUUGAAGAAUCAAAGGAUAACACAAUACCUCUUUUAUAUGGGAUUUUAGCUCACUUUUUGCAUGGAACUAAGGAUGGCAUCCAACAUACAUUUCUGAAAGGAUCUUCACUUCAGCCUCUAAACCCAAAUCCUGGUGGACAACCUAGUGGAAGAGAACAAAUGGAUGACCACCUAAGAAAAGAGAAGGGGAAAAAUACUAAUAUUGAAGAUCUUCAUAUUUCUCAAAACGUGAAGAGAUGACAUUUCCAUUUGGGCAUCUUUUAUCUUAAAGUUGUAUGUAUUAAAUCACUUAUUUAUUUUCACAUUGCCAAAAUGCAUCACUAAUAUUUGUACUUUGUAGAAAUUUGAGUGUCUGCAAAAAUACUUAGUCUUUCAUGCUUUACUGCAUUUGUGAAUAAAAGUUAACUGUCAUCAAGGCUAUUGGAUUUGACUUGAAAGAAAAUGUAUUGUUUUUAGGAAAUAUUUUAAAGGGUCUUAGAUGUGAGAAAGGAAAGGGAAAAAUGAAUGUUAGUACCCUAUACAUUCUUCUAAAAAAAAAACAACAGGUCUUUAUAGUCAUAUCAUCUGCUUGUUAGCAUGAUACAUUAAUUACAUUUCCUUCAGGCUAGAAGUAUGUGGGUUAAUAGAAAAUUUAAGAAAAGAGCACUAAAGUCAAGAAAAAAUCUUUUUUAUAAAAUUUGAUUUUUUUGAUUAGCUAUUUUUCAGAUAGCCAUUUAUAAUUAGAUUAAAAUAUCUGAAUUACUACCUAAAAUUAAACUUUUAAACUAGGUAACAAUGUACUUUUUCUUUCCUUAGAUCAUUUUGGCUUCUACUGGAAGAUUUAAUUAAAAUCUAAAGGGGGAACUAAUUCUUUUAAUUUUGCUGUUAGUAAAACAAAGAGUUUAUUUGAUUACACGAAGAAUGUGGAAUCAGCAUGAAGAGACAGGCUUUAGGAGAAAACCAGAAAGUACCUUUUAAAAGAUGGCAUUGUCUAACCUCCAUGUGGCCUUCAGUUGUGCAAUUUUAAGAAGAGUUAUGAAAGGGCCAACCCCUAAUUAUUUGGGCUCUGAAAGUCUUAUUAAAUGUCAAUUUUUAUUCUUUGGAUAGAAAAACAGUAAGAGCUAUCCUAGUGCUAUCUCUAAAAUGCUGCUUUGAUAUUUAUUAAGAUAUUUUUAUAAUGUGAGUCUACAGAUUGAUUCACUGAAAUCUGUUACAGUAGACAGCACCUGACUGGCAAAGUCAUUGGUAUAUUCAGAGCACAACUGCAUUGGUGCUGUAUACUGACAGCAUUUAGCUUAAACAUCUUCCAUAGGGAAAGUGAUGAGGGCUUAAUUGGCAAAAUUGGCCUUUGGAAAUUAUUGAAAGUAGAUAAUAUAUUUGGUAUUAGUGUUUAGUUCUUACUAGGAAUUUUUAUCUGAAUACAGAAAAUUAUUAAAAGAAUCUCAUUAAACCAUACUUUUACAAGUCAAAGGAUUUUAAGAAUCCCUAUUGGUGGCCUAAAGUCACAUAUAUAGAUGUAGAAAUAUAAGAGUUCAUUUCAAUUUUUUAAAAAUAUGUUUUUAUUGAUUUUUUAAAAGAGAAGGAAGAGGGAGACAAGAAACAUCGAUGAGAGA